AUGAAUGCUCGUGAUCCUAUAUCACAUUAUUUGGCACCUUCUGCAGAUGGAUGGAUGGAUGGAUGGAUGGAUGGAUGGAUGGAUGGAUGAGAUGAGAUGAGAUGAGAUGAGAUGAACGAGUUUUUAUGAUUUUGCGGUCAUGGAGAGGAGAUAUCUCCAGAAAAUAUAAAUUACGUUUUAUUAUAAAUUCUGUGGCUGCAUCAAAUGCGUUUGGUUCAGAGUGUUGAUGGGAACAGUUCUUUGCGCAUUUAUAAGAACUAAAUGUUGGAAUAUACGCCUGCAAUGCAUAAAUGAAUGCACUGUGUGAAGUAAUUGCUUCCCCUUCUGAACUUGAUGUCCGGUGCUCAGGAGGGUACUACAAGCCUGGACUUUUAAUGGGUCAUCCUUCCAUUUAUAUCCAUGUGGGGGUGGGGGAAUUUUAAUGGGUUGCUGCUCAUUUGAAUCGGAGAGGAAACCAGGCUGAACACCCCUGGAAGUGGGAUCGCUCCAAGAUGAAAAAUUGGUGUGAUGCCUCUCAGUGGUAACCGAGGCGAUGAUGGGAUCUAAGGAUCGCUGUUCUUUGUUGAAUAUUUCUUAAAAAUAUGAUUUUUAAGCAUAAAUGUAUGUUAUUGGGAUCAGAUUAUGACACUGCUUAUCCCCCAUGCUGCCAUGCCAGAAUGUUCAUGCUUGAGGACGAUCACUGCAGGAGGCAUGAGCCACAGCCCAGAAAGAGGAAGAGCAGGAACAGCGGCGCUUGGUGCGGGGGAUCGGCUUUCAAAUGCCCAAGAAAAAGCAAGCGGGAGGUUGUACCUCGGGAUGGACUUCGGGACGUCUGGAGCUCGAUACGUCCUUGUGGAUGAGUCCGGGGCUGUUCAUUCCGAGGGCAGAAAAGGCUACCCACCGCUCCUCGUAUGAUCUCCCCCCAAAACUUCUCCUCCUACAUGCUAUAUAUAUUCAUUUGCUGUGGUUGAUGGCAUUCAUCUGGGUCGGUUUCUAAACCUAGAAAGAUUCAGCGGGAGAAAUCGGGUAUGAUUUGAGCGCAGGAUUUAGCAGAAACCGCGGCACCACAGUGCGGCGUCUCUGUUCAUCCUCUGAGAGGAAGAACACGAACAUGAACACGAACAUGAACAUGAACAUGAACAUGAACAUGAACAUGAACAUGAAAUGAAUGGGCUUUCCUCUGAUUAAAGCGGGCAUAGCGUCGUAGAAUGGGUUCCAUGCCCUUUUCUUUUCUUUUCAAUUCCUCAGAUGAUCUGAAUCUGAGCAUGAGAUAUAACUUGGGCAUCUCCGCGCUGGUGGACAGGACCAAAAUGGGAGGAGCUGGGAGAGAUCCUGGAGGGAGACCCUUGAAGCCCUGCUCGGAGAGAUCCCUCGCGAAAUCUGCUCCCACGUUGCCUCCAUAUCCAUCGACGGCACAUCAGCGACGACGUUGAUCAUCGACAGGUAUCAUCAUUCCCCAAUAUCUACACACAAACAUAUGUAUAUAGAUAGAAAGAAAUUUGAUCUUCUUCUUCUUGUUCUUCUUAAUGGAUGUGGUUUCUACAUUUCAGCGCCACGGGAGAGUUGCUAUCGAGGCCUCUGCUGUACAACGAGAGCUGUCCAGAGGCCCUGGAGAGGGUGGCGGCGAUGGCACCGGAGAACCACACGGUGUGCUCUGGUUCUUCCACCCUGUGUAAGCUUGUCGCCUGGUGGGACACGCACGAUCAGAACAAAGAGACGGCCAUUCUGCUGCACCAGGCAGAUUGGCUGUUGUGGCUCCUUCAUGGAAAGCUCGGGGUCACAGACUACAACAAUGCACUGAAGGUGGCCGCAUCAAUUUACUCUUCGUAGCAAGUACUGAUUGAUUGACUGUCAUUCUCUGAAUAUGAUGGCAUAAAACGAGCUGGCGAGAUGGAAUAGUUAGAGAAUUAGGGUAGGAUUAAAAAAUAAAAAGAGGAAUUGGGGAACUGGAAACCUUUAUUUUUCGUUGUUAAAUCAUUCAUACUGGGUAGGUAGGUUUUCAUCGGAAGAACGCUCAGGUUUCCUCUGGUUUCUCACUCACUGCAGGUUGGGUAUGAUCCUGAGGCUGAUUCCUACCCACCUUGGCUGCGCUCGCAGCCCUUUUCACGAACGCUGCCGUCUGUUCAAGCUCCUGGGACUCCCAUUGGUUUCAUCAAGGAUCACAUCAGAUUGCAAUAUGGUGAACAUGCUGAGUAUUUUUUUGUGAAAUUGGCAACGACCAAUGAAGAAAGAAUGAUCUUCAGAGGGGUCUAGUUAUAUAAUUUUCUGGUGUAGAUCAGUGGUGAAUCUUGAAGAGGAGUUGCUCACCUUGCUGACGACCCGAUCCGUUUUGAGCAGGUUUUCCGGAGGAUUGCCGAGUCUGCACAGGAACCACGGAUAGCAUUGCGGCUUUUCUGGCUGCGCGCGCUACAGUGCCAGGCCAAGCUGUGGGUGGAAACCCUCAUGGCUCCGCUCUGUCGCUGUGAGCUGAAGCUGACGUCUUCUCUGUGAUCCUUCCUUCCAGGUUACCUCAUUGGGGUCAACUCUUGCGGUCAAGCUUCUUAGCUCCUGCAGGGUUGAGGACGCCAGAUUUGGGGUCUACAGCCAUCGUUUGGACGACCUGUGGCUCGUCGGUGGCGCCUCGAACACCGGUGGAGUGGUCCUCCGGCAGAUCUUCACCGACCAAGAACUGGAACAGUUGAGCAGCAAAAUCGACCCCACGACGCCCUCGCCCUUGGACUUCUAUCCUCUGCCGGCGACCGGUGAAAGAUUUCCCGUCGCGGAUCCGAGCAUGGCUCCCAGGUACGCCGAUUUCAGAGCAAUUAAUUGUAUAUCCAACCAGCGUCGCAAUAUCCGACCACCGAUUAUCCGCUGUGCAUUCUACCGGGUGGACCGAAAUCAUCUUGUCAUUUAUUCAAUUCGGCUCCCCGACUGUCAACGCGGCCGCCCUAGGGUUCUCAUUUCUAGGGUUCCAGAGCGAAUGCGAUCCAGAUCGGCUGAUUUCUUUCAAACUAUCCGUCCUUUGCAGAUUACACCCGCGGCCAAGCAGCGACGUGGAGUAUCUGCACGGCAUUCUGGAAUCCAUAGCCCGGAUCGAGGUGAUACUCGCCGAUCUACUCCCCACCCCAACCCCUGAUUGAGUGAGCGACCGGCAAAAACCUCAAAAAUUUCUCACCAUCUCCGACGUAAUCUGGGGCAGGCCAAGGGGUACCGGCUGCUGAUGGAUCUUGGGGCGACAAGGGUUGACCAGGUGCUCACCUCCGGCGGCGGCGCGAAGAACGCGGCGUGGAUGAAGAUCCGGCAGAGAGUGCUCGGCUUGCCGGUCGUCCCCGCCAUGAACACCGAGGCUGCGUACGGAAGCGCCCUACUUGCUCUCAAAGGCGCCUUCGCCGCCUACGAUAUUUCUUAA